AUGGCUUACAGAUUUUUAAUCGUUUUUUAUGCUUUUUGUUUUCUGUAUUUCAGGCGAUGUGUUGAUUGCAAAAAUGUAGGGAAGUCUUUCGGCUCUGUUUCAUGCUCGAUUUGCCUCGAAACGGUUACUGAUAAUGGGGAUCAGUCGUGGGCUAAGCUUCAAUGUGGGCAUCAAUUUCAUUUGAUGCAUUGGCCUGAGAGCUCUGGUUUUGGUGAUGCAACUGAUCCGCCUUUGAAGUCUGCGAGUGAGCAUAGGCAGUUUCUGAAUCGCCUCAAGAAGGUAUGGAAGGCCAUGGAAGGCCUAGUCGAUUCUGGUUUAGUUCAAGCUAUCGGUGUUAGCAAUUUCGGUGUUCAUCAGAUCAAAGAAUUGAUUAAAUUCGCAAAAAUCGUACUUGCUGUUAAUCAGGUGGAGUUGCAUCCUUUUUGGAGGCAAGAUGAGCUGGUGAAGUUCUGCCAAAUGAAGUGUAUCCAUGUAUCGGCGCAUACACUUUUGGAAGUACCUACUUCAAGUCCUGGAGUGUCCGAUAGUGGAUCGGGUGGGGAAUAUGAACUCGGAACUCCUCGGAUUUCAUUUUGGAGGUCUAGAUCAGUACAUGGACCGAUGCUGAAAUUAUCAAUUGUUGGAGAGAUAGCAGAUAGGCACAAAAAGACAACUGAGCAGGUAAUUUUAUGGUGGGGGUUUCAAAGAGGAACCAGUGUUCUACCAUGUAGCCUAAAACCCGACAGGAUAAAGCAAAACAUUGACAUAUUUAACUGGUCUCUGUCAGAUGAUGAGUGGAAGCGCUUGAAUCGGAUUGAACCACAGGUAUGUUUAUAUGGAGAUGGUCCUUUGAACAAUCUCUCCGAUCGAGGCUUCAUGUUUGGUAGUGGUCCUCUUCAAGCUGUUCGAGCAAUAGAAGAUGACGCUGUAUUCAAUGCCUAAUAUGUUGUGAGCAUGUUGUUUUAAGGAUAAUGUCCCGGUUUUACAUUCAAUCAUGUCAUUGCUCGGUUAUAAUAUUUGCUGUUGCGUCGCCAUCAUUAGCAUAACUUUGAUUUUGUUGACGAUGGAUAGAAAGUCAAAGAGAAGAACAUUGUAAUUGAUCUGUAGUUGCAGGUUUUACUUUUUAUAUGAACAAAUGGUGUUUCAUAUAUAUGUGUGCAAACAUGUUUUGUUUGUAAAACAUCAUUUGUGCUCUUCUUCUUAGCUUCAUGAAUGCACAAAUCAAUUAAAACUCAGAGCCAUUUGUUUGCUUGAAA